CCACGUGGUGGGCGUCCCCUUGCGCACGUGUGUUUGGCGCGUCGGAGUCGCCAUGCCAGCCGGCUGGGGAGCUGCCUUCGCCGCCGGGGCUGGUCUGUUGGGGGCGCUGGCCGCCUGCUCCGCGAAGCUGGCCCUGGGGGCGGAUUACCUCCGGGGAGCCUGCGCCGCGGUCGUCGGAGGCGAGGAGGCGGCCUCUGGUGCCUGCUCCUGGUUGCCCAUGAUGCUUCGCAUUGGAUGCGGUGGCCUUGUGCUUGCAUGCAACGCAAUCAUGUGGACUUUCUUUGCCAAAGCCUUAAGGUACUCCUCCUCCUCGGCUACAGCAACUUUGACCUCAACAGCGUCUAACUUCAUCUCUUCCGCUUUCCUUGGCAAGUUGCUCUUUGGGGAGACUCAUGCCCUGUUGUGGUGGAUAGGAAUAUCCUUAACCCUUCUUGGGCUUUUGCUGCUCCACACGACACCACCCUUAGCAGAAGAAAAGAAGGAAAAGAAGAGAUGAAAACUCACCUGUGAGUUAAAACAACAACCACCUGGGCCUCCCGGCUUGCUUUACCUAGCUUUACCUCUCACUUUUCUUCAUUGGGAUGGAUUU